AAAGAUAAGCGUCCGUUUAAAAACUCCACAACUCGGAGAAACUGAGCGAGUCUGACUCAGAGUUACCACCGAGUCAACUCGCUUCUUCUCCUUCUCCGCCAUGGCUGCUUCUUCACUCCACACCUCAAUCUCUCCGCGUAGCUUCAUCCCUCUCUCGAAACCUUCUCAGAAACUCCACCGCUCCCAAGUCUUCCUCAGAAACAAACAGAGAAGCUGCGUCUCUUGCGCGUUGGUCCAUGACGAAACCGAUGUGGUUCCAGUGCAGAGCAGCGAUCGUACGGACCACGAGGAAGGCUCCUCCGUGGUGAUGAGCAACGAGACGGAGAGAGAUGUGAACGAACCGUUGGUUGUUGGGUUUGGUGCUGAACAGCUUUCCUUUGAAGGGUUCCCUUCUUCUGCAGCAGCAGCUGACAUGGGAGACGACAAGAGUAGAGAGAGUGAAGAGAUGGAGAAGAUGAUCGAUAGGAGCAUCAACGCCACGAUCGUUCUUGCUGCUGGUACUUACGCCAUCACCAAACUGCUCACCAUCGAUCAUGAUUAUUGGCAUGGAUGGACACUGUUUGAGAUACUAAGAUACGCUCCUCAACAUAACUGGCUUGCUUACGAGGAAGCCUUAAAGAGAAACCCUGUUCUUGCCAAAAUGGUCAUAAGUGGAGUUGUGUAUUCUGUAGGAGAUUGGAUAGCUCAGUGUUAUGAAGGCAAACCUUUGUUUGAGAUUGAUAGAGCAAGAACGUUGAGAUCAGGGCUAGUGGGGUUCACUCUCCAUGGCUCUUUGUCUCAUUUCUAUUACCAGUUCUGCGAGGAGCUUUUCCCUUUUCAAGAUUGGUGGGUGGUUCCUGCUAAAGUGGCUUUUGAUCAAACCGUGUGGUCUGCUAUAUGGAACAGUAUUUACUUCACGGUUCUUGGGUUUCUUCGUCUUGAAUCGCCUCUCAGCAUCUUCAAAGAGUUGAAAGCUACGUUCUUGCCUAUGCUAACAGCAGGGUGGAAGCUUUGGCCGUUUGCUCAUUUGAUCACAUACGGUUUGGUUCCUGUAGAACAACGGCUACUCUGGGUUGAUUGUGUGGAACUUAUCUGGGUCACUAUACUUUCAACUUACUCAAACGAAAAAUCAGAAGCUAGAAUCUCGGAGUCUGUCAUUGAGACUUCUUCGAGUUCUACUACUACAUCCAUUGAUCCCUCCAAGGAAUGAGAAAGCAGCAUGCCAAGAUUGGGGUUUAUGGUCAUGGUAUUGUAUAUAUAUAUACACACAGAGUUAGCCCACAAUAGAGUGACCAGAGAUUUGAGAUUGUUACAAAAGAGGUGAAAAUAUUGAAAAUUUCAAAUGGAUGGUUCUCUCCAUGUGUAAGAAAGUUAACCAGUAUCUUGAAUAUACCCAUAAAUAUCUUUAUUAAA